AUGCUUGACUAUCGUGAGAUUCCCGUCCUGAUUUUCGACAAAGGAGUCGAGAUCGAUGGCGUCCGGCCACCAAGCACCCAUAGAGGAUCUGAGUUCAGCUCGGAGCACGGUGCCCUGAAGCUGGACAUUACGCGCCGUGGCAACGAAGUUGCUCCCCUCCGGAUCAAAGUUGCCCUCGCGAUUGCCUAUAUGCCGGUUGAGGUCGAGUCGUCCGCGCUUACGGCUCCCCUUGCCGAGAACGCCAUUGUGUUUGACGAUGAAUGGCAUCGGAAACGCCAAUGCAAGACGGAAAUUGCUGCCUGCUGGUGUUUCAUACUUUCAGCUGAGGGCGAGGACUCAAAUCUGGUCGGACUGUGUAACAAGACUAGCUCACGUCCAGAACGGGUCCCGAAGUCCCUGUUGGCAACCUUUGCUGCCCCUGUUAUGCCCAGAAUAGUCCCCAAAGCCCAGGCUCGAGACUUGAAGGGCCUCGACCUGAUACACACUAUUUUCCUGAAAUACCGAAACAAGAACACCAUCAUGGACAAACUCACCUCGUCCCUGCAGGCACUUAGCACCGGGGAUGCCAACGGCGAAGGAGCGGAACCUGCCAAGCAACUUGAUAGCGCUCUUGACCCCUCAACAACACCUCAGCCCUCCCUGGAGAAGCUGCCUGUUGAGCUCCAGGUACUUGUCAUGUCCAAGGCGCCGACGCUCCCGACGCUCCAGUCGCUGAGCGCGCUCGUCCACGCCUCGCCCCAAUUACACCGCGUCUACAUAGAGGACCGCCGAUACGGAGAGGUGCCGUAUCCAGCGUGCCAUAUAUCGUUUGCAGCUGUUCUGCAACCCAGUGUCAACGAGGAUUUGUUGCUUGUUUCGGAUAGCGGAACAGAGCACGAACAUAUGAACCUGCGGUCAAUGAACGCGGUUCUAGAAUACGGUCCGCAGUUCCUAUCUGAUAUUUUAAAGACGAAAGGUCACGAACAGCUAGUGGAAAUGAUGCGCGUUGCAAUUGUGUCAGGUAUAGGAGACGCCUGGAUAGAAAACGCCGUUCAGGAGCUUGUACAGAUGGAGAGACGUGAAAAGUGGUACUCUAAACGCGAUUCGGCCCAGGACUUCAGGCAAGAAAUGCCGUUUGACGGUGACAGACUGGACUCACCGACGCUUGCCUGGGUCAUGUAUUGGAGGGGCGAGUAUAGCAAUCUCACUGGCAUUUACGUACCCGAGGCUUUGCGCCGCUGGGGCUUCGUCAUGUGGGACGCAGCGCGGCUGAACUCGAGGGCCGAGGCUCGUAUUGACUAUUGGUGGUGGGCAAGAUGGGGCAAAUUCGACCCUAGGGAGGAUGACUACGAUUCUAGCUUUACGGUUGAGUGCUGGACAGAUGGUAGUUGA